CACAAUGUGAUGAGGCGACGAGUGAGCAAGGCAAAGGACGAGUGGAAGCGCGGAAGACGAGAUUGCCUUGGCCACACUCUUCUCCUAUCACGUCCUCGCCGCCUUGCCGGAUGGGGGAAGUGCUGGGUGGGUUGGAUUGGUGCAAACGCUCGUGCCCUGUGCUCGCUCGCGCUUCGCCUUGGCGCUACGGCUCCUCUCUACCCGCCUCCAGCAUCCGAUCGUCUCCCCUUGACGAGCGUGUCCUGCGUCCACCCACGCACAGCAGACUCGACUUCGUGUGUGUGUGUGUGCGCGUGUACGACUUCUCUUCUCGUCGCUCUCUGCACCCUUUCAACCAGCUUGCUCACGUUCCCUGUGUGCGUGCCCAUUCGCCUCCGCGGCCCCUCGAUACCCAGCCCCAGUCGCGGCGCGUUUCACAACCCCGUCCACUCACUCCACCCGAUACGCAUGCUACUCGGGUGACACUCUUUUUUUCAGCCGGGCCUUCCACAGAGCUUUUGUGCCUGCGUUUUCCAUUCUCGUGCUGUUUGUCGACCGUGUUCUUGGAAAACUUGGGCCUGGCCAUCCAUUGGAAACGAGAUUCGCGGAUCUUCUUUGGCUCGUGACAUGAUUGUGGCAAGAGAGUGAAGAAGCCUUUUCCUCGGAGGCCGCUUGAAGAGCGUGGAAGUCGGACUGGCCGUUGUACAACGCAGGACAGGGAAAGAACCAAAGAGGGCCUCCACCCCUUCCUCAGCCGCGUC